AUGGACUCUCCAUUGACCCCAGGUGAGGGAGAUGAUGAGCUUGAUCGUGCGCUCAUGCAAGCAGAAAGGGCGCGGUCUCAGGCUAGUGAUCAAGUUGGCGAGCUUCAAGUUACACUUUCACUCCGCUGGAACGUCUGGGGACUUCAUUUCUACCUUGACUCUGACGAAGAGAGAUGUUUUAUCGAGGAGCUGCCCAGCUCAACGAUUGUGGAAGGUAGGAAACCCUAUUCUCAAAUUAAAGGAGGAGAGCUAAGCUACGUUAAGGUCAUUAUAGGGCUAUCCAAUGGGAUAACGAAGAUAAG